CUGUUACAGCUGGAGCACUUUGAAAACAACGACGUCUGCAAUCCUCCGAAACCCAUGGAAUUCCUUGUCGACGAGCUCGAAAAGAUGAGGGCGAUCAACAGUACAGCCACGUAAAUCGAACUACAGAUGCGCUCUUCAAUAAUGAUGAAUACGACCUAACGAACACCUUCCAUCAGCACAAUCCUUCCCUGCAAGGCGCAUAUUGCGCUGCUGAUUACCUCGACAGUCAUUCCGGAAACGACUUCAGUAUAACAAUCAUACGCAGGUCCUUGAGUUUCUGGCAUAGGUCACAAUGCCUCACACAAAUUCGCAGGGCUCUGCGACUCCUACCACCCCUCCACAGUCAAUACCGUUGCGGGACCUUACACGUCCGCCAGAUUCAGCAGACCUUGGAGAUGGGCACCUUCGAAAUAGCAGGGGGAGAAAUCUUUUGGGUACUGGCCAAAGACCGAUGAGUGGGCAUGGCGAUGGGCCACGAUAUGAAAGAUUGGGCGACGCAUCUCCAAGUCCGACAGAUAGAGCCACGCGCAGAUCUGGCGGGAUACCUCCCUUGACGAUGCAAGGACAGCAGGGCCGGACUUUUGACGAUGACUUGGAUGCUCCCUCAUCGCCGGUUGGCAAUCCCGGGGAUUUCCAAGCUGCAAUGGGUUUUGCAGGUCUUCUGGUUCCCGACAUAAGCGUAUCUCACGCUCCAAGAACGGACACUCCGACAUUUGAAUCUGCCGAAUUUGAUGGACUCUCACCUUAUGGAGAUGCUGCAGACGAACAUACAUCAUACUUCAGUUCAGAAUCCGAUCGAGUUCCUCUGACUGAUCCAAAUUCAUUGCAACCACUGAGUGGUGCACAACCUUCAACACCAUCCGGCCAGAGACACGACAGAUCGACCAGUUUUCACAGCAUCAGCUUCAACAGCCCGGAGUCGAGAUAUAGAGGCUCAAUGUUAGGAGAUGAGCUUCCAGACGCGGAGACUGGAACCUCACCGCGUGGAGGGCGGUCAAGGAGUCAUAGCUAUGGUCACUCCUUGAGGCCAGAUGGGGAUGUUCGGACAAGGUCACGUUCUCCAUCCAACGCUUCUGCUCUUUCGCGAGCAGGGUCGAUAGUGAGAGCCAUGUCACAGCGUGUUGUCAAUCUCAGCGGCGAAGCGGAACUCAUCGAACGGAUGGAAGCGGAAGCCUCAAGGGAAGCCUCCAGAGAGCAAAGCAUCCCUUCUACUCUUGGCAGUCUUAGUGAUGAGUCCGAGACCCGAUAUCAACCAAAACACAAGGCAGAUCCACUUGCAGCAGGACCCCAAUACCGAGAAAACCUACCAACGCAGCCCGUCGAAAAGGCGAUGCGAUUCUUUGGUGGUGGAGGCGCUGCACAAGAACCAACUUGGGAGGAAGAGGCGGAAAAGCCUCCGAACCCUCUCAGGGGCAAAUCCUUAGGCAUAUUUGAUGCUGAGAGUAAAAUCCGGAAUGGGUUAUGCGACCUCCUAGUCUACCCUCUCACGGAACCGGCCAUUUUGGUACUCAUCAUCCUGCAGACCAUUCUCCUCGCGGUAGACUCCUCGAAAAGCGUUUAUAAUCAUCCUCGUCCACUACAUUGGGGGGAGACCUGGACAGACUUUAUGCUACUUGGACUAUUCAUUAUCUUCACCCUAGAGAUCGUGGCAAGGAUAAUCGUGUCGGGGUUCAUUUUCAACGCUGCCGAGUACAGCACGAUAAACCGGAAGAAAGGGUUGAAAGCGGUCGUUCUUGAUAAAUAUCACACAGUUUUCAAGCCUCAACGAAAAUCGUCCGUGAGGGCACCUCGAUACCCUUCCCUCGCCGCCAACACCGUUCUUCGUUCAUUUACGGCCAUCCAGGGCGAAGCCAUCCGAACUGUUGAGCAGGCUCAACGUCUCCAACUUGCGAGACGCGCCUUCUUACGACAUGGCUUCAACAGGCUUGACUUCAUAGCCGUUGUUUCUUUUUGGAUAGCGUUUGUUGUCGGGGUGACGGGCGUGGAGGCAGAUGUUCAUGUUUACGUUUUCCGAAUGAUGAGCUGCCUGCGAAUUCUUCGACUUUUGUCCCUUACAAAUGGCACGGCUAUCAUUCUUCGAAGCUUGAAGAAAGCUGCCCCACUCCUUGUCAAUGUCUCAUUCCUCAUCGGCUUCUUCUGGCUUUUGUUCGCCAUCAUCGGUGUACAAAGCUUCAAGUCGAGCUUUGACCGGCAGUGUGUGUAUGCUGACCCUAUGGAUCCUUACAACCUAAAUGGUACAGCAUAUAUCAAUGUUCUACAAUUCUGUGGAGGUCAGUUCAACAAUGUGACCGGAGCCCACGAUCCAUUCAAAACUGGUCCCUUGAACAACCUUUCGAACCUCAAGGACGGUGCCACUUCCGCCAAAGGAUAUCUCUGCCCAGAAGGGUCAUAUUGCCUUCAGCUCGACCGAAAGCAUCUGCCUUAUAACGGGACAAUGAGCUUUGAUAAUAUCUUCCAGUCACUGGAGCUUGUGUUCGUGGUCAUGACUGCGAAUACAUUCACGGACCUCAUGUACUAUACGACGAACUCCGAUUACUUGGCAGCUGCCCUGUUCUUUGCUGGUGGUAUCAUGAUCAUGACGCUCUGGCUUCUGAAUUUGCUCAUUGCUGUCAUCACAUCCUCUUUCCAAGUUAUCAGAGAGGAAAGUAGGGCAAGUGCUUUCGCCGCUCACGUCAAAGGCAUGCUUCAGACCCAGGACCCUGCUGCUCCGAAAAAGAAUAGCAAAAUGAAACAUUUAUUCGACCGGACUUAUUGGGUUUGGAUCAUCGUCAUUAGCUACGGCCUAGUCUGCCAGGCAUUCCAAAGCUCAACGAUUUCUCCCUCGCGGGCCCAUCUCAUCAAUGUUUCAGAAACCGUGGUGACCUUGAUCCUCCUGAUUGAGGUCAUAAUUCGAUUUGUGGUUGACUGGCGAUAUUUUUUCCAGGAAAAUAAGAACUGGUUCGACUUAGGGCUUGCAAUCAUUACAUCGAUUAUACUGAUUCCCCCGAUACGAAAUUCAGGUCAAGCGUAUGCGUGGCUUACCGUCUUCCAAAUUCUCAGAAUCUACCGAGUGAUUAUUGCGGUGCCAAUUACGAGAUCACUGAUCACACUCGUCCUGGGCAAUGCGAGUGGUAUCGGCAACCUCAUGCUUUUCGUCUUCUUGAUAACCUUCCUAAUGUCGAUAUUUGCUGUCCAAUUAUUUCGAGGGGAAUUGACGCAAACAGACGCAUACGGCAAUACUAUUCACAUCACUUUUGCUACGAUUUAUAACGCUUUCCUCGGGAUGUAUCAAAUUCUGUCCAGCGAGAACUGGACAAUCAAUCUUUACAAUAUUACCGCAUUCGAUGACGCUCGAAAUACCGCUUGGAUCGGAGCAGUAUUCUUCAUUGGCUGGUUCAUUCUGGCGAACUUCAUUCUGGUGAAUAUGUUCAUAGCUGUCAUUCAGGAAAAUUUCGAUGUCUCCGAAGACGAGAAGCGCAUGCACCAAGUCAAGUCAUUCUUGAAUAGAAAAGAACUUGGCGGCUCGUCUAAUAAUCUCUCACUCUCUGCCAUCUUUCGAUUUGGACGAUCUAAGGCAACAAAAGACCCUUUGGAUUAUGGGCCUGCGACUAUGGAGAUGUUGUUGAAAGAUGCAGUUGUGAAAGACUUCCUUGACGACGAGACAGAUGAGACACAGCAAGCCGUCGCUGAGACUCCCCCAGUGGAAGGAAACUCUGUCAAGUCAGCGUUCAAAUCCACAUUGUGGGGGAAGUUUGUGAACCGUAUCUGGAAUCGGGAACCGAAUCCAUUUUAUUCUAAUAUUCAAUUUUCGUCUGGGCGGGAGGAUAAUACCAACGCGAGAGUCCUGGCGAAAGAAGCUGUUUCAGCAACAUCACAACGGAAAAAGGCACAGCGAGAAUUCUUGGCCCGGCACCCGAACUAUAACAACUCCCUGUUUUUAUUCACACCUAGAAAUCGCAUCCGUCGCUUCUGCCAAAAAAUAGUUGGCCCUGGCCGUGGAAGUGAACGUUUUGAGGGCGUGGAGCCGAACAAAGCCGUCUGGUACACCUUUUCUGCUUUCAUAUACGCUGCUAUUGUGGCAAUGGUCAUCCUCGCCUGUGUUACGACACCGCUAUACCAAAAGGAAUAUUUCAAUAAGCAUACAUUCAGUGUGCGGAACUGGUUUGUGUGGGCUGACUUAUCCUUUGCAAUUAUCUUCACAAUCGAGGCUAUCAUCAAAGUCAUCGCGGAUGGCUUUUUCUGGACCCCGAACGCAUAUUUCAGAAGCUCGUGGGGCGCAAUCGAUGGAGUUGUGCUAGUAACUUUUUGGAUCAACGUGGUGACAGCACUCACCAACGAUGGUUCGGUAUCAAGAGCCGUAGGGGCUUUCAAAGCUCUGCGAGCGCUGAGAUUGCUCAAUGUCAGCGACAGUGCCAGAGAUACGUUUCAUUCCUUGGUUAUCGUCGGCAUCUGGAAGCUCUUAUCGGCCAUGUUCGUGUCGUUUGCUCUGCUAAUACCAUUUGCCAUUUAUGGUGUAAACCUCUUCAGCGGGCGGAUGCAGUCAUGCAAUGACAGCAGCGGUGCAAUUAUUCAACUCGCGGAUUGUUUUGGGGAGUGGGGUAGUAGUCCAGCGAGCAACAACUGGUCACUCUUGGCGCCAAGAGUGGUUUCUAACCCGUUCUACGACUUCGACAACUUCGGAGAUGCUCUUUUCAUCCUCUUCCAGAUCGUCUCUCAGGAAGGUUGGGUCGAUGUGAUGUGGAGUGCGGAAUCUAUCACGGGCCUUGGACUUCAGCCGAGCAGCUACGCCUCCCAAGGCAAUGCAGUCUUCUUCGUCAUCUUCAAUCUUAUGGCUACAGUCUUCGUACUCACACUGUUCAUCUCUGUUUUCAUGCGCAAUUAUACCGAGCAAACUGGUGUAGCGUUUUUAACGGCAGAUCAGAGAUCGUGGCUUGAACUGAGAAAACUGCUUCGACAAGUAAGCCCUUCAAAGAGACCUUCAAGUACGGGUGGGAAAAAAUGGAAAGACUGGUGCUAUAAAAGAGCUGUAAGAAAGCAUGGCAAAUGGCAACGAGCCGUAACCGUGGUACUCAUCCUCCAUCUCAUCCUCUUGAUGGUUGAAUAUUGGCCUGAACAGCUUCGGUCGGACGAAGCUAGGGUUUACAUAUUUUUAGCCUUCACGCUUUUCUACUUGGCAAACAUCAUUAUUCGGAUUGUUGGGCUCAGCUGGGCACGUUUCAGGAGAAGCUCCUGGGAUCUGUUUUCCGUCUUCGCGGUAUUCGGGACCCUGAUAACAACAGUAUUACUGCUGACGAAUUUCCUUCAAACGACCUACGUUCAGCUCCACAAAACCUUCCUGGUCUUGAUAGUCCUGUUGCUCAUUCCUCGGAACGAUGCGCUGGAUCAACUGUUCAAGACGGCAGCUGCAAGUCUGACAAAUAUCGGCAACCUUCUUGCCACUUGGUUCAUCCUCUUUUUGGUCUUCGCCAUUGCUCUGACCCAGGCAUUUGGACUGACACGGUUCGGGUCCAAUGAGACCAACAACCUCAAUUUCAGGACUGUGCCCAAAGCUAUGAUCUUGCUUUUCCGCAUAAGUAACGGUGAAGGUUGGAAUGCUAUCAUGGAAGAUUUUGCCACUAUCCUGCCACCGCUCUGCGUAGACGACCCGGACUUUUUCAAUAGCGACUGUGGGAGUAAACAAUGGGCAAGGGCUUUAUUCAUCCUCUGGAACAUCCUGAGCAUGUACAUCUUCACCAGUUUGUUCGUCUCUCUCAUCUAUGAGAGCUUCAGUUACGUCUAUCAACAUUCCAGCGGACUGGGAAAGGUCAGUCGAGAGGAAAUUCGCCGCUUCAAACAAGCAUGGGCUACAUUGGACCCCGAAGGCACAGGAUACAUCACCAAAGAACAAUUUCCUCGCCUCCUUGGCGAGCUUUCCGGCGUGUUCGAAAUGCGAAUUUAUAGUCAAGAACAUUCCGUUCGAAGAAUACUCGAGGAUGUCCAAUCCGCGCCCACCUCUAGCAGAAUUAUGUCUAUGGCCUCAACCAGCUCAGCUACGGGCGUGAACUUAAAGGCACUGAACAAAAGACUCGCCGAAAUCGAUGCAGUCGAGGUUCGACGAUCAAGAGCUCGGUACAAUCUCUUCUUCGAGGAAGUCAUGGUCUCAGCCGAUGUUGAUCGGGGCAUCUCCUUCACGACAGUCUUGAUGAUUCUGGCCCACUACAAUGUCAUAAGUGACAAUAAGAGUCUUAAGCUUGAGGAGUUUCUACGCCGUCGUGCACGCCUCCAACGAGUUGAAGAGGAAGUUCGCCGGAGGAUUGUGCUUGGGUUCUUUGAUACUAUGUAUUGGUCAAGAAGAUUCAGAAAGCAUAUGGAAAAUAAGAGAUCCGGACGUAUGACAACCAUUCCUCAGCUAGGCCCAGAAGUCUUCGUGGACGAUGAAAACGACAUCACCAAGCAAGCGAAGGCUACUGUAUCCCCAUUCCUCUCUCCAAUGGAAAUCAGCGAUCCACGCUCUUCAUUUAUCACACACGGCUUAGACGGUGCCGCGAGACUCCGUUCUGGGUCCAUCGGCGCUGGCCCACCUUCGCCCGGAAGCCCUGGAAUAGCUCCUAGGCAUUCUCCUCAGCUGUCGCCGCAUCGGCCAACCAAUUCUGCUUUCAGCUUUGAGGGAGAACAGCUUAGUCCGGCGGGCUCCGCACAUAGCAGCAGACGUGGAAGUGCUGUCAGCGCCGAAAAUGUUCUCGAAGUCCUCGACAAUUCAGCUUGGGGAGAGAGUAUUCGGCGCAGUUUCACAAUGAGACGACCAGAUAGAGGAGAUCGCUCAUAAUGGUUUGAGACUGAAUUGAUGGGCGCAGGCCCCAUCACUGUGCGUGUUUUUGGAACCCGUUAGAGGGCGGGAUGUUCACCUAGAAUUGGAUUUGGGCCGACCGUGCGAGUCGCAAAGGAGUUUUGGCGCAAGCGAGGCGUUUUGAAAGGAUCACGGACGCCUCAUGAUUUUGUUUCGAGUGUUCACCACGUUAUGAUGAAAAAGGUGGGACAAGCCGAGGUGUGGUUCAAAUCACAAACGAAUGUAUUCUGCUGUACAUCAUGGAUGGGAGAAACGGGGCUUGCUUUCGGGUGUUCAUUGUUGGCCUGGAGCGCGUGAUCAAUUGUUGGUCAGAUGGGAUGGAUGUUUCAUUACGGAUGUGCAUAGCCACGGAGUUUUUAGAAAAUAUACCACGCCGAGCACCUUGCUCUUAAUAAUAAUGGAUGAUGUUGGUCAUAUCCAAGAGGGGCC